AUGUCAACUUUUGUACGAUCGGUCUUGUCGCCAUUAAAGUUGGCACCAAGCUCUUUCACAAAGGUUCAUGUUCUCCUAUCUCCUUCUUUGAACGAUAGCCCUACCAAUUCAUCCUAUUUGCCGGCAUCUUCCCUUCCAACGUUGGUGGAACAAUGUCCAUCAUUGUCCAACGGAUCAUUCACUCCUUCUCCUCAACUUCCUUCCGGUCAUUUGCAAACAAUUUACAGCACUUUAGCAGAUACGAUAGAUAUCGAUGUUGUGCAUUAUACACGUUCAGUCCUUUUAUUACCCGAGAGUGGAAUAAUAAGCUUGGAUGAAUGCGAUCAUGAACCCGAAUACAAGGAUGCAGAUCGACCAACUAUGGUCAUCACGCAUGGUCUAACUGGAGGCAGUCAAGAAAGUUAUGUUCGUCAUUGUAUCAAGAAGCUAGCCUUACCCAGAUCAGAAGGCGGGCCAGGAUACAGGUGUAUUGUGGUGAACUUCAGAGGUUGUGCAAACACACCCGUUACCUCUUCGCAACUUUACAGUGCAGCAAAAACAUCGGAUUUACGUUGUGCAAUUCUCUAUAUUCGUAAAAAGUAUCCCGAAUCUCCUUUGGUCGGUGUUGGAUACUCUCUGGGUGCGAAUGUGAUGGCCAAAUACCUUGGAGAAGAAGGUGAUAAUACACCUUUGUUAGGAGGAAUCGUGUGUGCUGCGCCAUUCGAUUUGAAGAAGGGGAGUGAUCUAAUGGAAAACAAUACUGUCAGACGUCACAUCUAUUCUCGUGCAAUGAACGGUAAUCUUGGCAGAUUGGGAACAAGACAUGCUGCCACAUUGGACCUCAACAAAGAUUUGAGACCGUUUCUGGAUAUUCUGAUCGAUCCUGCAUGUGGUCAACAAUACGCUAAAGAACGAGGAGAAACGAGCGGCAACAGUAGCAAGACACUCAAAUUCGUUGAUGAUUGCCUGACACGAAUGGUCGGAGGAUAUUCGAAGCCAUAUGGUGAAUUCCCGUUCGAGACAUCUGACGAUUACUACAAUUAUGGAGGCGCAUUGAAUUUCCUCAAAGGGCUAAAAAGACCAAUGUUGGCUCUUAAUGCUGAUGAUGAUCCAAUCGUUUCAGCUGCAAGUGUAGAAGGUUUACGUCAUUUGAUGGGAUAUGAGGAUGAGUCUAACCCGGACAAAUAUGGACACACCGACUUUAUCGUCCUGGCAACCACACAAGGUGGAGGGCAUUUGGGAUGGUGGCAAGGUAUCCGUCAGCCAACAAGAUGGUUACAUGCACCCGUCACAGAUUUUGCCAGAGCUCUCUUUAACGAGUCAAAGAAGCAGGCCCCCAGUGAUGAUAUUGUCAACAAGACAACAACCAGACAGGUACUGGUCGAACUUAUGCCAUCAGAGCUUUUACCUCCUUACCUUUCACCAUCUCAACGUGAAUUAGCAAAAGAGACAAAAGUAGAACCUGCACUACCUAAACAGGAUGAAGAGUACAAACAAGGAGCAAGAAUGCCUUGGCUUAGAACACAUGUAUUAGAGCAUGCACCUUUGCUCCAUCCAAGUAUGGCCCGUCAAGGCUGGCAAGGCGAUGAACCGUUGAAGGAAAAAGAAUUCACAGUAGAUGCAAAUGGAAGCGUUUCCGAGGUAGAUGAAGAGAUUGCCAAAGGAUGGUGUGCAUUCGAAGGCACAAUGGUUUUAGACACAAAGAGACCCGAAGUUGGUUAUCUAGAAUUACCAAAGUGGACAAGAGUGGCAGGAGCAGGAGACCAUUUCCAAGGUGGUAAACAAUUAGCAGGUGAAUAUGGCAAUAUGAUUGAAUCGGAAAGUGGAGAUGGUACGAUUGCAGGAUUAUAA